UCUUCUGCUUGGCUUAUCGCCAGCUGUCAGUCAGUCACUUCCCAUCUUUAGUUCUCACCCCAUCGGAGCUGACGAGUCCAGCUCUUGCCGAUCAUGCAGUGCAAAGCCUGCCGAUGACGAAAGUGGAGAAGGGAGAGCCUGGAUCCCAGGAUGCCCAGGAUGGUCUUACAAUACUCCUCAAGGGCUUUCUCUCUCUCUCCACGGAGCCUGAAAUAAAUACCCUGCUGCCAGCUGUCGGCCUUCACAGCCUUGCUGUAACUUCGGUCAAGAUCUCAAUUGAAACCCUCUCAAAACGUUUAUCACACUCCCAACCCGGUUCAACCUCACAAUGACCAUCCCCCACUACGGCGUCUGGGUCGGCCAACCCACUCACUACACGGCCCAGACCGACGCCGAGGACCCUAAAUCCCCGCACAUCUACCUUUACUUCAAGGAUGACUCCUCCUCGCGCAAGCAGCUCGAAGCCGCCAUUAAUGUCAAGUCCACUGACCAGGAUAGCCGCCUCGUCUACUGGUUCGACCGCAGCUUCACCCACGCCAUCACCGAGCAGCUCACCAACCUAGACGAGGGGUUUCACCUGCUCAGCACCUCUUCCGUCCACAGCCGGUCCCGCCGGCGCCGCUCCGAGGAAGCAUCGGCAGCAGGGGGCCUGAAGGGGCUGGACUUUGUUCGCACCCAGGGGCUGGUCGACAUCCACGCCGGCGCGGUCCUCGGGGCGGAUGGUGACCAGGAUAUUCUGGACAAGGUGGAUCCCAUCCUGACGGAUGCGAUCAACCAGAAGGCGACGAUCUAUAUCUUUGGAUCCUCGUAUGGCUCGGGGAUCCAUGAUAUCCACAUGAACCAGGGCAGCGCGGGCUAUGAGAACGGCAUCUACGAGGAUGGAGCGUUGUUGUUUCAGUUCGACGACGGACACUGGGAGGCGGUCUUCUUGGCGUUCGCCUCCCAGCAGAUCCCGACGGAUGACAAGGGGGAGCCGGAGAGUGAUAGUCAGUCGCUGGCGACGAUUCUGGGCCAGUAGAAGUGGGAUUCCAUCGGGGGGUUGGAUGGAGGGCGGCAAUAGGUGGUUACCUGUGUUAAGUCUCGCGGGAUGAUAUGAUAGGCGGCUGGUUAUGAACGCCAUUUGUAGUAGGUAUUGAUGAUCGUUAUUCUAAAUGGAGAGCAUAAAGAUACGUUGAGAGAGCUUUUGAAAUGGGAAUAAGGCGACUGACGACAGUCUGGUCCUUUUUGAUUGCGUGGUCAUGGAAACUCAUACUAUGCUAAACUGUAAUAAUAAUGAUUGACAGUAUAUAGAAG